GGACCACAAACAGGUGAGAACUUACUUUUUUGUUAAAAUGGAGAGUUUCAAACUCCUGAGAGUUCAUAAUACACUCUUUGGAGUGAUCUCAAAAAUAUAAUAAGGCCAGAGGAAAUAUUUCGCCUUAAAAAUACUAUCGUUGUUACUUUUGAUGAAUUAACUCAUUUCUAAAGAUGAACAAAAAGUUUUCUAUUGGAUCGAGCAUCAGAAGAAGACUCAAGAAAAAUUUUAACAAAUCGAACGACUGCGAAUCUGAUGAUUCUGAGCCACUACCUCCUAAAGAUGAUGGGAGGACACAUGUGAAUUGGGCCAAAGAUCUUGAAAGGAUUUAUGACUUUGAGGAAUCCAAAAAGACAAUUGUCACUAAAAAUUCUCUUAAAGCUGAGUCUUGAAAAUCCAUUCUUAAAAUUAAGGUUUGUGAUCCUUGUGAGUCUGAAGAGACUGAGUGAUCUAGUGAAGAUAGUUCAACUGGGGAAACUUGAGAACACAGAUACUCCACAGAUACAAAUCGCUCUCCUUCAAAGGCAAAGAAGAAGACUUCAGUAGACAUACACAAAAAGAAGGAACUAUCAUCUUACACAUACUCUAACAAAAAGUUCCUAUCAGAAAUCCUUGCCACUAAAGGGCGAAGACUCUCAAGUUCUUCUUUAUGUAAAAGUAAAAGAAAUGAAUAAAGAGUUGACCAAGCUAGCUUUAUGAAUUGUUUAAACCUAAUUAUGU